UCCAAUGGGGGGGCGGGGACAGUCAGGAUGGGGAGAAAAGCGCUAGAUGGUGCUGGACUCCAGAGGAGGAGCCAGUACACCUGUGCAAGACUGAGGGGGAGGAGCCUGUACACCUGUGCAAAUACUGAAGGGGAGGAGCCGGUACACCUGUGCGAGACUGAAGGGGAGGAGCCGGUACACCUGUGCAAGACUGAAGGGGAGGAGCCAGUACACCUGUGCGAGACUGAAGGGGAGGAGCCGGUACACCUGUGCGAGACUGAAGGGGAGGAGCCGAAAUACCUGCGCAAGACUGAAGGGGAGGAGCCCAAACACCUGUAGAAACUGAAGGGGAGGAGCUGGUACACCUGUGCAAGACUGAAUGGAGGAGCCGGUACACCUGUGCAAGACUGAAGGGGAGG